AAUCAUGGGCUCGCCCUUGUUCUUCUCUCUCAACAGCCCCCAACCACCACCGCCACCGCCAUCAGCGCCGCCGAUACGCCGCCGUCCGCGCAAGAAUUCCGCCGCCAGCUGCCGGGAUCGGACGCCGGCCUCUCUCUCCGGCGAGGAUUUCGCUCUCUCCGGCUCGCAUUCGAUCGAAUCUGCGCUUUGCUCCCGCAUUCGCAGAGGACAAUCCGGCGGCCUAGCCUUGCCCUAGCCACCUCGCAUCGAGCUUCGAGCCCCCCGCCACCUCGCUCGCCGGAGUCCGGGGAUCCGCCGAGCCGUGAUUGGAUUCGACGGCCGGUGGUGGCGUCGAAGGUCCGGCUUCGAUUCGAGGUACGGUUGAAUGCUGGUUUGGGGAUUUCGAGAGGAUAGGUAGGGAGGUCAGUUUAGGUGGCAUUGGUAGGGUUUUGGGAAGGCGAUGGUAGAUUGUUGAUUAGUUUGAUCGACAAUGGUGCGGAUUCUGGGGCUUACGAUCGGGGAAUCCGAUGAUUCCCCGCGGGAGAUCUCGACCUCCCGGACUCUCCUGGCGAGCGACUCCGGAGAGGCCGGGUGGCUCAUCAGGUUCUUCAACUCCGCUUUCUUCUGCGAGUGGAUUGCGGUUAGCUAUCUGUACAAGCACAAUCACGCGGGGGUCCGCGACUAUCUGUGCAAUAGGAUGUACACAUUGCCUCUGUCGGGUAUCGAGAGCUACCUGUUUCAGAUAUGUUACAUGAUGGUGCACAAGCCGAGCCCCAGCUUAGAUAAGUUUGUGAUUGAUAUUUGCUCUCAGUCGUUGAAGAUCGCUUUGAAAGUGCACUGGUUCUUGAUGGCUGAGCUCGAGGAUAACGAUGAUAACGAUGGCAUCGGUAGGAUUCAGGAGAAGUGUCAGACUGCAGCUACUCUGACGGGUGAGUGGCCCCCGCUCGUGCAGCCUCAAAAUGCUACUGCCAGUCCUGGGAGCAAUAAGAAUCAGGUCUUUAGUAGGAUUUUGUCAUCCAAGCAGAGGCUGUUGUCCCUAACGUCUUCGCCUGAUGACGGCAAGAAGAGGUCCUUCUCAUUUUCCCCUUCAUCGGGGAACCGUUUGCAAGAGGAGAUCGGUCAGUCAACUCCCGAGGAAAAUAAUCUUUUCAAGAAACUUAUUCCUGGUCCGAAGGUUAGGGAUGCAUUAUUGUUUAGGAAGUCAGUGGAGAAGGAUGAUGAGGACUCAGGAAAGGAGGGGUUCUUUAAGAAAUUUCUGCGUGACAGUAGAGGUGAAGAUGAGGAGUUGACAACUAGUUCAGAGGGAUUUUUCAAGAGGGUCUUCAGGGACAGUAAAGGCAAGGAUGAGGAACUGACAUCUAGCUCAGAUAAUUUCUUCAAGAAAUUAUUUCGCGAUAGCAAGAGUGAUUCAGAGGACAGAUCAGUUUCAAAGUCAUUGGAAGAUUAUGAGAAGGAUGGGUUCUUUCGGAAGUUAUUUAAGGAGAAAUCUGAGGAUAAGAAGGAUGGAAAUGACGAUGAAGAUAGGGGGACAACUGAAGAAAGAUGUUCGAAAUCAGCUGAAGAUGAUGAGAAAGAGGGGUUUUUCAAAAAAUUAUUUAGGGAAAAGUUCGAUGAUAAGAAAGAAGGAAAUGACAAAGUUGAAGAGGGUAAUGCCCACAUAGAUGAAGAAGAGCCUUCGGAGUUUUCAUUGUUCCGAAGACUAUUUAGAGUGCAUCCCGAAGAUUCCAAAAAUAACAUGCCAAGUGAAAAUGGCCCUGGUGGCAACUCAUUUGAAAGCAGUCCUGGGACAGAGAACUUUUUCCGUAAAUUGUUUAGAGAUCGUGAUCGCUCUGUGGAGGACUCUGAGCUUUUUGGCUCAAAGAAGCAGAAUGAGAAGCGCCCUGGCUCACCUAAGGAGAGAGAUGACAAGACCAAUGCCAAGCCUCCUCUUCCAUAUAAAAAUGCUUCUCAAUUCCGUAAAGGAACAUAUCAUGAGUCAUUGGACUUUGUGCAGAGAUUGUGUGAGACAUCAUAUGGAUUAGUGGAUAUAUUUCCUGUGGAAGAUCGUAAAACUGCACUACGGGAGUCGCUUGUGGAGAUCAACUUGCAUAUAGCUGAAGUGCAAGAAAGUGGAGGUGUUUGCUUUCCACUGGGAAGGGGGAUGUAUCGUGUGGUUCAUAUACCCGAAGAUGAAGCUGUUCUGUUGAAUUCCAGGGAAAAGGCACCUUAUUUAAUUUGUGCUGAAGUCUUGAAGAGUGAAAUGCCCAGCAAUAGUAAGGACACAUGUGGAUCACAAAAGCUUUCAAAAGGAGGAAUUCCACUAGCAAAUGGAGAUGCCCUACUGCCAACACCACCUCCUUGGGCUUGCCCAUUAAGGACUACACAAGAGAUAUAUCGCAAUAGUGCUGAUAGGAUGUCCUUUUCUGCUGCCCAAGCAAUAGACCAGGCAAUGGGUCACAAGUCAGAGGCCAAAAUGAAAUUUGUUAAUGUGAAACUUUCUGUAGAGAAGAUGAAACAUCAGGCAACUGGUCAGAAAAGUGGUAGCAGUCGACAAAGGGAAGGGGAACAAACAACAGAUUUGGAAUGGGUUAGAGUUGUUCUGACAGCAGAUCCGGGAGCGAGGAUGGAAGAUAUCCAGGAUCAAGGAUCAUCACGGCGGAAGGAACACCGCCGAGUUCCUAGUACAGUUGCUAUCGAAGAAGUAAAGGCAGCUGCGGCGAAAGGGGAAGCCCCUCCUGGUCUGCCUUUGAAAGGGGCUGGUCAAGAUUCAUCAGAAGCACAGCCAAGGGCUGGGGGCAUCCUCAAGGCCGGAGAUGCCUUGGCUGGUGAGCUCUGGGAGUUUAAGAAGGAGAGAAUCCGAAAAGCUUCAGAUUUUGGAAAGUUACCCGGUUGGGACCUACGUUCUAUUAUAGUAAAGAGCGGUGAUGAUUGUCGACAGGAGCAUCUAGCUGUGCAACUCAUCUCCCACUUUUAUGAUAUCUUCCAAGAGGCUGGGCUCCCUCUCUGGUUGCGCCCUUAUGAAGUUCUUGUUACUUCUUCUUACACAGCUCUUAUUGAAACCAUUCCAGAUACGGCUUCGCUUCAUUCGAUCAAGAGUAGAUAUCCCAAUAUAGCUAGUUUGCGUGAUUUCUUUGUUGCAAAGUAUCAAGAGAAUUCUCCAAGUUUCAAGCUCGCCCAGAGAAAUUUUGUCGAAAGCAUGGCUGGUUACUCGCUAGUUUGCUACCUUCUUCAGGUGAAGGAUCGUCAUAAUGGGAAUCUCUUAUUGGAUGAAGAAGGGCAUAUUAUUCAUAUUGAUUUUGGCUUCAUGCUGUCAAACUCACCUGGUGGGGUGAAUUUUGAGAGUGCACCUUUCAAACUAACACGUGAACUUCUUGAGGUCAUGGAUUCUGAUGCUGAGGGAAUACCAAGUGAAUUUUUUGACUACUUUAAGGUUUUGUGCAUCCAAGGAUUCCUUACAUGCCGCAAGCAUGCAGAGCGUAUCAUUUUGCUUGUGGAGAUGUUGCAGGACUCGGGGUUCCCUUGCUUUAAAGGUGGUCCACGGACCAUUCAGAAUUUGAGGAAGAGAUUUCACCUAAGUUUGACGGAAGAGGUUAGUUCUGAGUUGAUGCAUAUGAUUGCGAUGCACCUUCUAUCUGUUAUGGUUGUUACAGCAAGUGUGUCUUGGUUCUGGCAGCAUUGUGUAUCCUUGGUGCUUUCCCUAAUUAGUAGCAGCUUGGAUGCAUGGCGGACACGCCAGUAUGAUUACUAUCAGAGGGUUUUGAAUGGGAUACUGUGAGCAGUGAUUAAGUUUGUGAUUGCUGGGUCAUUCUAUUUGGUGUGGCUGCCGGGUAUGAAAGUUCCCGUCACACUUGACUGGGCUGGUUUGUGUGCGCUUGGAGGGCUCCUUAUUCACCGUUGGAUGCCUUCAUGUGUUUUCACGGUUGCAAAGAUUUGUGAUUCUUCUGGGUUUCUGGGUGGCCUACUUGUAUGUGGAUGAGCAUGAUGUGACUUUGCCGGAAAAAAAUUCAUCAUGGAAGUCAUAUCAGCUUAUACUGUUAUGCCGGAGCUUCUGUCCCCUAGAAGAUGCCCUUUCUUCCUUGGUACUUUGGGAUCCAUUUAUUGCAGGCAUUGGUACUACAUUAGACAUCCAUAGUCAAACGAGCAUACUGUACAGAGAGAUUUUAUUGGGGGAAGAUACAAAGGACUCGUCGGUGGCCGGUGAAGUUUCCGAGUCUCCAAUUUCUGUGAAUCAGUCCGGCAUUAAGAAGAUGCGAUUCUCCUUUUCUGCUUUGGUUGUUCAGUGAGAUCUAUCUUCCCCGCAUUAUAUUUUUCCAUGAAACAAACACACAUGUAGAAUUGUUGGGAAAAGAAGGGCAUGUAGUUUCCUUUGUUCCCUCUUUUUUUACCUUUUCUGCCUUUGCUAUAGGCAUGCGAUCAUUUGUAAGGAUGUGUACAUUUUUGGGGUUUGAUUUCUGCGAUGAAGGUUGCUGCCUUCUCGACCACAAUACUGUCCAAACAAUGUUCAAACUAUCUUGCCACGGUCAAUAUUGACGCGUUUAAUCUGAGCAUUCUCGGAGACGCACGGGCCAAGCUAAUACAUGCAUCGAUUAAUGUUUCAUGCUC